UUCCUUGGCCUCGACAACCAGCAGAUCAUUGUUUCGGGUGGUGCUAUCGGCGGCUUCAUGGUGGUCGUGGCUGUUGCGCUUGCGGUCUCGGCCUCGCGCGAAAAGAAGGCUGCGCCCGCUCAGUCCGUUCUCGCUGACAACGUCAUUGACGAGAUUGAAGCCGCCGAGAAGGCGUCGCCUGCCGUCAAGGAUGCCGAUGUCGAGGACAUGACGAGCGAGUCGCCCAGCGUCGUCAGUGUCUAA